AUGUCUCCCAAAAUAUUCAUGACCGGAGCGUCAGGUUACAUAGGCGGGCAGUUUCUCCACAACAUAUCCUCAAAACAUCCAGAUUACCAAAUCACCGCUCUCGUCCGAACAGAGGCACAGAAAACUGCAAUCUCCAAGCUUCAACCUGCCACUACCUUCGUGAUAGGAGAUUUAGACUCAAACGACAUCAUCGUCGAGGAAAGCAGCAAAGCUGACGUUGUACUUCAACUAGCAGAUGCAGACCACGUGCCCGCCACUCAUUCAAUCAUGGAAGGCAUCGUCCUCGGCGGCAAAAAAGGUGUAUUCAUCCAUCUCUCCGGCGCAGCAAACAUCUUCUCCACGCUCCUCCACCACGGUACCGCAUCCACGAAAACCUGGUCUGAUAUUCAUGACCUCCCCCAAAUCCAAAACUUCGACGAAACACAUAUCCACCACACUACCGAGCAACUGCUCUUCCACGCCCAAGAGACUCAUGGGAUUAAAUCAGCAAUCGUGGCGCCUGCUGGCAUCUUCGGCGUUGGCGAGGGGAUCAAAAAACUAAGUUUCGGAAUCCCACCGCUACUCGAGGCUUUUAAGAAGCGCGGAAAGAUGUUUGCUGUGAAUGAAGGGCUGAAUACCAUGGCUGCGUCACACGUGAAAGAUGUAGCUGAUGUGCUAGUCAUGUUUGUGGAGGAAGCGCUGGAGGCGGAAAGUAAGAAAAUCACGUGGGGAGGAGAUGCGUUUUAUUAUGUUGAGAGUGGAGGGUAUGUUUUUGCGGAUCUUGCGGCUGCGGUAGGGAAAUUGAUGGUUGAGAAGGGGUUGAUUGGGAGUGAAGAGGUAGAACGGAUUUCGCCGGAGGAGGUGUUGGAGAUGCAUUUUGCGGCUGCUCUGAUGUGGGGUUCGAAUAUGGAUGUUAAGGCUGAUAGGCUGAAGGGGUUGGGGUGGGAGCCUAAGCAGAAGGAUGUGUUUGAGUAUCUCGAGGAAAUGCUUCCUCGGGGGGCUUAG